AUGAGUGACGAGUUUUUAGAGUAUAGAGAUAUUGAAGGCUCUCAAUCUGGUUCUUCAAUCCAACAAUCAUUUGCACCUUCUACUUUAAUUUUUAAAAGAUCUUCAAUUUCAAUACCUACUCGUCAUAUUAAGAAGUUAAAAAUUGAAAAAAGUUAUGUAUGGAAAUAUUUCAAAAAAAUGGAUGAUGAAAAGGUAUAUUGUAUAGUACCUAUAAUAAAACAUGAAAAAGAGAAAUUAUGUGAAAUUUCUUAUAAGUUUACAGGUUCUACUUCAAAUUUAAAAUAUCAUUUAAAUAUAAUUCAUAAUAUAUCUGAAAAUGAUGAAGUAAAUAAGGUAAUAUAA